AUUUGUAUGUUGUUGUUGUGUACAGGAAAUGUCAUAAAAGUGAGUUGGCAUACACAAUUUAUUUGAGCAGCUGUCGAUGUGGCAGGUGUGUUCAUCAAACGUAAAUAUUUUAACAUUUUUAUAAGUUGCCAUUAUUCCUUUUUCACUGGCGGGAACUUGCCCAGGCAGAUGCAGCAUAUCGUCCUCGGCACUUCAACGGUCAGUUCGCUGCAGCGGAUCUGAAUUUCAGGGACUGAAUAACACGAUACCCAAGCGCUUUUGUUACCUGGGGUCUUCGAGCUUCACAGGCUACUUCAUCAAAAUGGAUGCAGCUUUAAAGUUUCGAGUCAUCCUGGACCAUGACAUAAAGAAACUUUGUCUUCCUGGAAUGCCUCAUACAGUUACGGAGUUGGAAGAAACAAUAAAACAAACAUUUGGAAUCUCAAUGGACAUAAGCCUUCAGCGCAAAGACCAGGAUUUUGAUGACUUUGUUACUUUAAGUUCAAUUGAUGACCUGAAUGAUAGGGACACACUGAAGGUAGUGUAUGUUCCACCUGUCGUUUUGUUUACAAAGGUUGACAUUCCUGAGCUCCCAACAGAAGAUUGCUCCGUCUCAAGAUCAGUCACAGAAAAUGACUCUGCCUCUCAACCAUCAACAUCAAGUGGCUCCAUCUCUGCAGAAUCUGAUGACACUAUAAUACUCAGUCCCCAUAGCCCUGGAAUGCACAAACCAUGGCCAACUGAGUUUCCUAUUCCAAAGUUUUCAUAUAACACUGAACUAGUCCUUCAAAAAGGCAAUGAAAACUACCUCAGAGAUGGUUCCCUUUUAUGCAAAGAGAAGGUCUACCCUGGUGUUAAGUCCAACAUUCUGGAGUGUUUAGCUGAGCUCAUCUUUUCUUACACUCCCUACCCAAGUGAUGCACAACGUUGUGCAGUUGCAGAGGCUCUCAUAAAAAAGAACCCAUGUUUGAAGGAGCCUGGCUCCUUCAAUGGUCUCUAUGGAUGGCAGCAGAGCCUGAAGUAUAAAAUAGGAAACUACAGAAGCAAACUUCGGAUGCAUGGGAUUCCAGAAGUCUUGGUGAACUCUCUAAAGCGCAAAUCUUCUGAAGACAAGCAACCAGCAAAGAAUAUAAAAAAACCACGGAAAGCUGAGGUUAACUACCUGCCCUCUCAUCCAGCCGGGGAAACAGAAGAUUCCCUUGAGAGUAACAGGCUGGAGUUGAUUUCUGAGACAAAGAAAAAGAAUAACAGCAGAGUUAUAAAUGAGAUGAUGUCAAGAACCUUCAGUUUGAGAAGACAGGAGAUUGUAGGUCAAGCCCCAAGUGUUGCAGAUCUUCUAGAAAGAUGGCCUGCUCUCUUUAAACCAUCACAGAUCUGUGAAGAGUUCCUGAGAAUCAGUGGCAUAUCACUUGAGUCUACAUUUAUGUCACAGUUGGACAGACAUUCUCCAAAGCUGUUGUCACUUUUCAACGCAAAAGGAGGAGCCAUCGGUCAAAGAAUCAGGUUCCAAAUGAUGACACUCAUCCAGGAUCCAUCUGCCUCUGUGGAGAAAAGGAGAGAAGUGGUCCUGAGAUCCCUGAUUGAGUACAUGGGGGAGAGACAGGAAGACCUCAUCAGUGUCCACCAUAAUCGUGAUGAAACAGAGGUGCACGCUGAGCUUGGCAGUUGCCCACUGAAGAUUUACAUGUGCCAUCAGCCUGACACGAUUGGUAUUAUCAUCGAAGGACAGCCUGUUGUCAGAGGUGUGCCAGACCUGGCGAAAGCAUGCUGCCUUCUGUUUGGACUUACCUAUGCCCUCGACCUCAAGUAUCCCUCAAAACUAGUGCAUACAUUUGAGUUAUAUCAGAGACUCUUUGUGGGAUUGGACCCCAUGCGUCCCAAGCCAUCAUCCAAGUAUGCAAAUCUCCUCACCAAGUUGUCUUAGAUGAUUUCUCAAUGUCAUCUGUCAUUGUUCCCCAUCAUUUGAAAACAUGUAAUCACUUGGGUAGGUGAGUUAAAACCAACUUAAGUGUACUGCAACAUAAUCAGAUAAUUUUAUAAUCUUCAGGGUGAUUUAAAUAUUUGUCUCUGAAUUUCACCAGUAUUUUGAUUUAAAAUAAUUAGUCUUAAAGAUUAAAAUUUUUUGUUGGUUUUUGACCUUAAAAAGAAAAAUGCCACCGCUCUUCCCUCAAGCUUAGACGAGUUG